UUUCGUGCUAAACAGAAAGCAAUGAACCUGGUUUCCACUGCGAAACUCGAUCUCCCUUCGUCUCCUCUCCGAUUUGAUGUCCGAUCUCCUCCGAUUCUUGCUCCUAGAUCUCGUCGGUGAUUCCUCCCCGCCUCAAUCCAUCGACGAAGGUCCACUCCUGUUUGAGCUCGGCGAGAUCUCUUGGUGGUAAUGCCGGACCGCUCGGAUUACGACUCCUCCCCCAAGUCGCAGUCGAGCUCCAGUGGCGAGGAGGUGAGGCCGCUCCCCGAUCCAGGGUCGCCCAGCAACGCCCAGCAGUCCUCCGACGAGAGCGGCAGCAGCGACGGAGUGCUUGUGGAUCUCCCGGGGCAAACAGAUCAGGAUUCCAGGAGUGUGCGAAGGGAUCCCGACACUGGCAUCCUGGUAAAUAUAGAUGGAUCGAUGCAGGAGUCCACCGAUGAAUCCGGGAGGGAGGAGGCGUUCGAGGAUGCGUCGGAUAACCUUAGCAGCACGGCGUCUUCCCGGAGUGUUGGGCUGGAGGAAUCCAUGGCUGUGAUCGAGAUUGGGGAGCGCUCUGGUAAUAGAUUGGUGGAUGAGGAGCUUGCUAGGGUUCAGGCUCGGCUGGAGGAAACCAUUGCUGAGUGCCGAAAAUAUAAGGAGGAAAGGGAAACUUUUGGCAAGGAGAUUAGUACCGUUCUGCAAAAUCUUCAGGAUAUCGUUGACCAACAUGCUUUGCUUGCCGCUGGCAAGAAUAAUGACUCAGUCGGUCUCCCUCAUAUCGAAGCAAUUGAAAGCGAUGAUAGAGCAUUGGCAUCGCCCACACCUUUACACUUUAUGUUGGAUGGUUGUUCCAAGUUGUUGGCUGAUUUGAAAACCAUUCUAGGCGAGAGGAUAGACUCUGAGAGUAAAAUAAGGGAGCUCCAUGCUGCUCUGAAUGCAAAAGACCAAGAAAUUGAGGAUCUCAAUGUCCAAAUUUCAGAAUCUUCUGUUUCUCGUGAUAUCAUUAUUUCUUAUUUGAAUUCAUUCGAGGAAACGCGGUUAAAGACUGUCGAAGAGUCAACCAACCUUGUCACCAAAAGGUUGCUUGAUUCUCUGGGACCAGUAGUUGGCCAAGAUGUAUCUGCUGAAGAUUCUUCAAUUGAUAGUCUCUCUCUUGUUGAGAAGAACACACUUCUUCUUAUAGAAAAGCAUUCUAAGUUCUUGUCAGAGAUCCAUCAAUUGAAGCAGUGCUUAGCAGAAUGCAAGCCUGCAUUUGCAGCUAUACAAGAUGAAAAUUUGGGUAAUGCUUUCAGUUUGGCUCGUGAGGAAUUGUUAGAAAGCAAGAGAAAUGAAGCAAAUCUACUGGAUAGCAUUAAAAAACAUGAGGAAGAGAAAGAGAGACUUUUUGAACAGGUCGAAAAAAUAAAAGAGAAUUUGGAGACAGCUCACUUGGAGACAAACAAAACAAAGGCAGAACUUGAACAGGCAGAAAACAAGUACAUGAUAACCAAAGAAAAGCUAAGUAUGGCUGUCACAAAGGGGAAAUCACUGGUCCAACAUCGUGAUGCAUUGAAGCAAUCCUUGGCAGAAAAAACAAGUGAGCUAGAAAAAUGCAUAGAGGAAUUGCAACAGAAGUCUGAAGUCCUGCAUGCUACUGAAGCUAGUCUUGACGAGCUGAAGCAAUUAUUGUACCAAAGGACAAAUGACCUUGAGAAAUGUUUGGAAGAGUUACAAAAUAAAACUAUUAAACUAGAAACUGCAAAGGUAAGCAUUGAGGAUUUGAACGCAAAGUAUAUCACAGUAAGUUCUCUUCAGGAGUCCCUUUCACAAAGGAACAAGUGUCUUCUGGACAUUGAAGAUACUAUGUCACUUACAGAUCUUCCACAGGAGGUUCUAUCCAUGGAAAUUAUUGAUAGAGUAAGGUGGUUCAUCAACCAAAAGGCUACUACAGAUAUCAUUGUUUUGGAAAAUAGGAAAGUUAGGGAUGCUUUGUUGUCAAUUGAACUACCAGAAGACGUUUCAUCUAGUGAAUUAGAUUACCAAAUUAAUUGGCUCGUGAGAGAAUUCACCCGUGCACAAGAUGAUAAUGGUCAGUUGCAAGAUGAAAUUAGUUCUGCCCGGAUAGUCACUGCAUCACAACAAUCAGAAAUGUUAGUGGCACACAAGGGAAUCGACAGCCUUGAGUUGUAUCUUAUAGAAGAAAAGCUAGAAAAAGAGAUUAUUCAUAAUGAACUCAAAGAACUACAGUGCGAAUAUGAUGACAUGGUUCAGAGAUUAUCUGUGCUUUCUUCUGAUAGAGAUCUAUUGCUCAAAGCAUUAUUAGAAUUAGCUGAAAAUACAUUAGAUUGCCAACUUCCUGUUGAUAUAAGUUCAACAGUAGAUAGAUGUGUGAUUAAGAUCAGUGAAAAGAUGGCAUCAUCUCUCACAGGAAUAGAACAAAUUGAAAGGAUGCAAUGCAUUUUGUAUUUAAUAGAUCAGGAAUCAAAAUUAUAUGAGCAGAUUCUGGACGAUGAAAUGCUUGAAAGAUCUGCCUCUACAAGGCUAUCAAAUGAGUUGACAAGGUUGUCAAAUGAGGCAGCUAUAUUGAAACAUGAGAAAGAGUCGAUGAAGAAAGAAAUAGAGCGAGUUGAGGAAAAGAAUUCUCUGCUAAGAGAAAAACUAUCCAUGGCUGUGAAGAAAGGGAAGGGUCUAGUGCAAGAACGUGAAGGGCUCAAAACAGCUUUAGAGGAAAAAACAUUUGAAAUUGAGAAGCUAAAGCUUGACCUGCAGCUGAAAGAUGGGACUAUUAAUGAGUGUCAAGAGCAGAUCAAUAAGUUGUCAACUAAUAUUAUGCAUAUUCAGAAACUUGAGGCAAGUAUUGCUUCACUGAAGAGUGAAAGAGACCAGAGCCAACAGAGCUUGCAUGAGAGUAGCACCAAAUUAGAUACCUUAGCUACUUGUAUAGAGAAAAUUAUUGUUCCUACAGAAACUGGUUUUGAAGGGCCUUUGGAAAAGGUGAACUGGAUUUCUGAGUACAUUCAACAAUCAGAAGUGUCAAAAAGUCAUGCAUUGGAGGAGCUUGACAAACUAAACGAGGAAGCUAGUCUGCAGGCUAGGAGGCUAUCUGAUGCCAUUGAAACUAUUAAGGAAUUAGAAGAAGAAAAGUCUAAAACAGACAAUAACAUUUCUUUGAUUUUUGAAGAAAAGAAUGCAAUUCAACUUAGCAAAGUUUCAGUCGAGCAGGAAUUGAAGAAGCUUAAAGAGGAGGUUGAUUUUAGUUCUAGCAAAUUAUCUGAGGCUUAUGCUACCAUCAAAUUACUUGAAGAUGACUUGGCAAAAGCAGAAAAGCAUAUUUCUCAAUUCCAAACAGACAGAAGUAAUUUGGAAGCUAAAAGUGAACGAGAGAUUUUUGAGUUAAAUGUCAAGUUAACUGAAUGCAGGGAAAAGUUGCUUGAGAGUCAUGGAAACAUGGAGAAAUAUUUGGCAGAGACGAAUAGUAUAGUUGGACAUCUGAUAAUGUUUAUAAAGGACAAGACUCUGUUAUCUAUAAUAGCUGAAGAAUCUAGCAAAAGCAUUGAUGGUUUCAGAAAAAUGAAAAGUGUUAUUAAGGAUAUGCAUACCUACUUUGCGUCAAAGGGAAUGCAAACUCUGACAGACUUGGAGGAUGCAGCUGCAUUUGAAGAGAUUCCUUUACCAGAAACUGAUAGCUUCACAAAUAACUGCAAUGCAGUGUUUGAGGAAAUGUGUGCAAUUGACAGAGAAGAUGUUCCUGAUUUGACUAGGCUUGUAGCAGGGCUGCAUGCUCAAGUUGAGCUUCUUGGAAAUUAUUUUCGCACUUUCUUCAAAGAACUGGAAAAACACAUUGCAAGUAUAUUGCAAGGUUUGCAAGUUACCAGAGAUGAAUUUGUUCAUGUUCUUGAGCUUAGUGACUCCUUGAAGUUGGAUACAUAUAAACUAGAAGCUCAUAAUAACGCUCAGGCAGAAAAACUUGUUUCUUUACAGAAAGGGUUGACAAUGCUAUUCUCUGCUUGCAAUGAUGCUACACGAGAACUUGCUGAAUUGAGUGAUUCAGGGGACUCUUCAAGUGGCACUGUCUCUGCCUCACAUAAAGAAUCCUUUUCAGGUGGGACUGAAGAGGAUGUUGAUUGUUAUCCAAAAGUGGUUGAUAGUUUAUUAUUUUCAGUUAAUAAAAUUAAGAGUAAGGUUCAGCAAUUACUGAAUGCAGAGAAAGUCUGGUUAACAUCGGUAGAUGAUGCAAAAAACAAAUUUAAAGAAGCUGAACUUAUUGCUAAAACUUCAGUUGAAGAGAGGAUGAUCAGCCAAGAAAGAGUUUCCAUAUUAGAGAGAGAUGUUGAAGCAUUGAAUGGGUUAUGCAAUGAUUUGAAGACUAAAAUUGAGAAUGAUCAGGCCAAAGAGGAUUUGUUGAGGGACAAAGAAGAACUUUUGACAAAACAGCAGCAUGCUUUAGACAGAGGAAUCAAUGCCCAAGUAUUAUCAGAGAGUCAAAUAAGUGCGCUGAUGGAUAAAGUAAAUAAAUUAAAAAUUCCUUAUGUUGAGUCAGGAACACUUGAUGUUGGGGUCCAUUUCUCAGAUUUUGUUGAGAAACUCUUUUUUAUAGUUGAUAAAGUCAAUGAGAUGCAGCAAAAGACAGAAGUCUUGAGUAAUGAGAAGGAAGAUAUGCAUUUAAUACUUGCUUCCCAUGUCCGUGAAAUCCAACUUCUAAAGAAGGCAAUUGAAGAAAAUAAUUCCCGCUUUCAGGAAUUGGAAUUAAAGAAGAAUGAUUUAUUGGAGAUAAGUGUGGAUUUGGAGAGAAUUAUAAAGAAGUUAGGGGGAUAUGAUGCACUACAGGAUCAGAAAUCUUUAAGCGGCAAACUUCUCAUAACAAUGUUGGAUAGAUUGAUAACUGCCUCACUGUUGGAGUCUGAAAAAUUAAGAUCUAGAGCACAAGAAUUUGAGGCUAAAUUGCAAGCGAAAGAUGAUCUCAUUCAUGAAUUGUCAAAUAAGGUAAAAACACUUGAAGAUUCAAUUCAUGCUCGAAGUUUGCAGCUCGAAAUCACAAAAGAAAGGACUGUUUUUGAAGCAACUCCCUCAAAAAUGGGUCCAGAGAUAUCUGAAAUUGAAGAUGCAGGACCACUAGGAAAAAACACCAAAUUACCCAUUUCAACUGCAGCUCAAUUGAGAACAAUGCGAAAGGGGUCUGACGACCAUCUUGUUCUAAACAUCGAUUCUGGGUCUGAUGAUUCAGUUGUUGCUGCAGAGUCUGAUGCUAAAGGUCAUGUUUUCAAAUCUUUGAAUACUUCUGGUCUGAUCCCAAGACAAGGGAAACUGAUUGCAGAUAGACUUGAUAGUAUUUGGGUUUCCGGAGGGCAGCUUCUCAUGCGCCGGCCUGGAGCAAGGCUAGGCCUCAUGGCGUAUAUGUUCUUCAUGCAUCUAUGGUUGCUAGGAGUCAUAUUAUGAUACGGCCAAUAAAUUUAGGUUACAAAUUAUAAGAUUAGAAUGUAAUAUAUCUUUUCAUUAUUCUUUUUACAUCUAGUUUAUAUUCUUUUUCCCUUCAAUAAACUGGAACAUGAAUUCAACAAUUCAUAAACAGAUCCAAAGAUGUAAAGUGAUAAAAAUUCCUUAAACACCAAUGCUUCACGGAGUAAUGGUUUGAAUGUUGGAUCGCAUGAAUUA